GUCUAUCAACGUUUCAUGGCACAGGCGACAGCCAUCAAUGACAACGCACAGCAGUCGGUGGCAGGCCAGAAGCGAACAGCAAGUGUGGAGCAAACCUCGGGCAUUUUUAGCAGUUUGAUUGGCGAAACAUCAGUCACGCAACGUUGGGUGCGCGGUGAAAUCUCCAACUUCCAAUACUUAAUGCAUUUGAAUACGCUGGCUGGCCGUUCGUAUAAUGAUCUCAUGCAAUAUCCAGUCUUCCCCUGGAUAGUCGCCGACUACGAAUCGGAAGAGCUAGAUUUGUAAACCCAAAGACAUUCCGUGACUUCUCGAAGCCGAUGGGCGCGCAAUCAGAGGAGCGCCUAGAGCAAUUCCAGAAACGUUUUAAGGAGUGGGAUGAUCCACAUGGCGAGACGCCUCCCUACCACUAUGGCACGCACUACAGCUCUGCCAUGAUUGUUUGCUCGUAUCUGGUGCGUUUGGAACCAUUCACACAACACUUUUUGCGUCUGCAAGGCGGCCAUUUCGAUUUAGCUGAUCGCAUGUUUCAUAGUAUCAGAGAAGCGUGGCAAUCCGCAUCCAAAUUCAAUAUGGCUGAUGUAAAGGAGUUGAUACCGGAAUUUUUCUAUCUUCCGGAAUUUUUGAGCAACGGCAAUAAUUUUGACUUGGGCACAAAACAAAACGGCGAUACGCUGAAUCAUGUCAUCCUACCACCUUGGGCUAAGCAGGAUCCACGUGAAUUUAUACGCGUUCAUCGGAGUGCUUUAGAGUGUGAUUAUGUUAGCCAAAAUCUGCAUUUGUGGAUUGACUUAAUAUUUGGGUGCAAGCAACAAGGUCCCGCUGCCGUGGAUGCAGUGAAUGUUUUCCACCAUUUAUUUUACGAAGGCAAUGUAGACAUUUACAACAUCGACGAUCCGCUGAAGAAGAACGCCACCAUCGGCUUCAUCAACAAUUUUGGCCAGAUCCCCAAACAGCUCUUCAAGAAAGCACAUCCUGCUAAGAAAAUGUCCAAUUCACGGCAUUCCGCGCUAAUCGAUCCGGGCGCUUUAAUACAGGGUAACACCACCGUUUUACAAUCGGAACGUUUGUUCUUCCAUAACUUAAAUAAUCUUAAACCGAGCCUCCAGCCAAUCAAGGAACUGAAGGGACCUGUUGGCCAGAUAUUGCAACCAGAUAAGACUGUGUUUGCCGUCGAGCAGAAUAAGGUAAUGAUGCCACCCUCCUAUACGAAAUAUAUCGCCUGGGGCUUUGCCGAUCACUCGCUCCGCAUUGGUCUGUACGACUCCGAUCGUGCUUCCUUUGUUUCCGAGGCCGCUGCACAAAACUCGGGUGAAAUACUCUGUUGCGCUUGUCCCAAUGGCAAAAUGAUUGUGACUGCCGGCACUAGUUCAGUUGUGACGAUAUGGAAAUUCGAUGCGAAUCGCAAGAGUCUCACCGUACGCAACUCCUUGCACGGGCACACUGAUGCCGUCACUUGCUUGGCAGCAAGCGCUGCAUACAAUGUAAUCAUAUCGGGCUCGCGCGAUGGCACCGCGAUCGUUUGGGACAUGUCGCGCUUCACAUUCGUACGGCAGUUGCGCGGCCAUGCGGGUGUUGUUGCCGCCGUGGCCAUCAAUGAUCUUACGGGCGAUAUCGCGACAUGUUCGGCAACUUGGCUGCACGUUUGGUCAAUCAACGGCGAUCCGCUGGCGAUGGUGAAUACGUGCGUAGGUAGCGCCGAUCGCAUGCAGCAAAUAUUAUGUGUUUCCUUCUCGCAAAUACGUGAAUGGGAUCAGGAAAAUGUGGUGAUCACUGGUUCUACAGAUGGCGUAGUAAGGAUGUGGUCCUUAGAAUACACGCAAGUACCA